UGCCAUCUUAUUUUCCUCUACAAAAGAUUGAAACAAGUAAACACACCACACACUUUUUUUUCUUCUAUCUUCUCUUUUUUUUUCUGCUUCUCUUCUUCUCCAUCUACAAUGACGGAAACUCAACCCUUGGUAAAACCAACCUACAUUUCAUUACAAGAACUUCAAAAACACAACAAACGUGGCGACGCAUGGAUCGCCAUUGACGGCAAGAUCUACGACGUUUCAAAAUGGGCCAACUACCAUCCCGGCGGUGAAGUUCCUCUCCUUAACCUCGCCGGCCAUGACGUCACCGACGCAUUCCUCGCUUUCCACCCUCCCUCCGCCUACAAACAUCUCGACGCAUUCUUCACCGGAAAUUACCUUCGUGAUUAUACUGUCUCUGAAGUGUCUCGUGAUUACCGGAGUUUGUUCUCCGAACUCACCAAAUUAGGUUUAUUCGAGGAUAAAGGACACGGUGUUUUGAUCUUGCUUUCGUUGAUUGUUGUUAUGUUCUGUAUCAGUGUUUAUGGUGUUCUGUUUUCUGAUAACAUGGUUGUUCAUGUGCUUUCGGGUGGUUUGAUGGGGUUUCUGUGGAUUCAAAGUGGUUGGCUUGGUCAUGAUUCUGGUCAUUAUCAGAUCAUGGUGAACCGGAAAUGGAAUCGGUUUGUUCAGAUCCUUUCUGGUAAUGUUCUCGCUGGUAUAAGCAUUGGAUGGUGGAAAUGGAAUCAUAAUGCUCAUCAUCUUGCCUGUAAUAGUCUUGAUUUUGAUCCCGAUCUUCAACAUUUACCGUUUUUUGUGGUGUCUUCGAAGUUUUUCGUUUCCCUUACCUCUUGUUUUUAUGGUAGGAAGAUGAACUUUGAUUCUUUUGCUAGGUUCUUGGUUAGUUACCAGCAUUGGAGUUAUUACCCUGUUAUGUGUUUUGCUAGGCUCAAUUUGUUUGCUCAAUCGUUUUUCCUGUUACUGUCCAAUAGAAAAGUUCCUAACAGAAAGAUGGAGCUUUUAGGGUUGCUUGCUUUUUGGAUUUGGUACCCUUUAUUGGUUUCCUUUUUGCCUAAUUGGCGUGAAAGGGCUUUGUUUGUGAUGGCUAGUUUUGCUGUGACUGGUAUUCAACAUGUUCAGUUCACUUUGAAUCAUUUCUCUGCGAGUGUUUAUGUCGGUCCUCCGACUGCUCAUGACUGGUUUGAGAAGCAAGCUAGUGGAACUCUUGAUGUUAAGUGUUCGUCUUGGAUGGAUUGGUUUCAUGGUGGUUUGCAGUUUCAGGUCGAACACCAUCUGUUUCCGCGGCUUCCGCGGCGUAAUCUAAGGAAAAUCGCGCCAUUGGUUAAGGAUCUGUGCAAGAAACAUAACCUUCCUUACACUUGUGUGUCUUUCUGGAAGGCUAAUGUACUUACCGUUCAGACGUUGAGGAAUGCUGCUUUGCAGGCACGGGAUCUUACGAAACCAGUUCCAAGAAAUUUGGUUUGGGAAGCUGUUAAUACUCAUGGAUGAAACAGCGAAUUCCAGAGUGAACCUUUGAUCAGGAAGCUGUGCUGAUGUAGACAUCUGAAGUACAAGUGUUUCAUUGGCAUCCAUGUUUUUAUAAAGCAACUAGGGAUUGUGAAUUCUUGUUAUACUUUUUAUAUUGUGCCAAUUAGAUGAUUGCACCAGUAGUUUUUCUACUGCUUAUGAAAAGGAUUUUUGCAUAUUAUAGUGAUUAUUUUGUUUGAGGACAAAACAGCAUUAGUGUUGUGUCAAAGACAAAUUUAGAUCUCAACAUCAUCUAGGGUGUAAAUUUGUGACAAUAACACCCUUUUUCUGAAGUGUCACAAAAUAUCUCAUUAUCUACUUAGUGCAUGUGACCAAUGUGAGAUGGGGUCCCCAUUUUUCAGGAAAGUGUGCAUUUUGUUAAUGAAAAGUUGGAAUAUAAACUUAAAUUUGAAAACUUUAUUUUAUUUUA